AUGGCAAACGUUAUCGACUCCAUUCCAACCGUCAAGCUUAACGACGGUACUGAAAUCCCUGCGAUUGGGUAUGGUACCGGCACAGCCUGGUACAAGCCGAACGGUGGUGCAAUCAACCGUGAUCUCGUCGACGCCAUCAAGGGCGCAAUCAAGCUGGGAUACAACCACCUCGACGGAGCAGAAGUCUACGGCAAUGAGGAAGAGCUGGGUCUGGCCAUCAAGGAAAGCCAAGUGCCGCGCGAGAAGCUCUUCGUUACCACAAAGGUCAUCACCAACAUCGCAGACAUCCCCAAUGCGAUUGACAUCAGCUUGAAAAAGCUCCAGCUUGACUAUGUCGACCUAUAUCUGAUCCAUGCUCCCUUCUUCGCUAAGUCAGAUGAAGAUCUCCAGAAAGCCUGGGCUGAAAUGGAAAAGGUGAAAGAAUCCGGAAAGGCGAGGUCAAUUGGUGUAUCCAACUACCUGCAGAGCCAUAUCGAAGCCACUUUGAAGACGGCCAAGGUCCAACCUUCCAUCAAUCAGAUCGAAUUCCACCCAUAUCUACAACACGGAAACCUCGUUCCUUUCCACAAAGAAAAUGGUAUCGCAACAGCGAGCUAUGGCCCCUUGACCCCGGUCACUCGGGCCAAGGGUGGUCCUCUGGACGGCCUGCUGUCAUCGUUGGCCAAGAAAUACGCAGUCAGUGAAGGAGAUAUCCUUCUGCGAUGGUCCAUCCAACGUGGUGACGUAGUCAUCACGACGAGUGGCAAAGAAUCCCGAUUGAACGAGUACCUACGCGCGUUACUGUUCAAAUUGACACCCAAAGAGGUGGACGAGAUCUCAGAGCUCGGACAGCAGAAGCACUACAGAGCUUUCUGGCAAGACAAGUUCGCGGCUGACGACCGCUCGUAG